CCCCUUGUGUCAUUCCUUGUUUGUUAAAAAAAAAAAAAAUUUUCUCAAAAAAAUAGGGGAUAGUAAUCCUAACCUAUCUUUUUGUUACUAAAUUUUGUUUUACAUUUCGGCGCACGUAAAUUAUCAUAUAAAUAUUAUCGCACAAUUUGCAAAUAAAUAAUAAAAAUUAACAAAAUAAUAUUUGUUAUUCUACUAUGGCAUCUGAUCAAAUAAUUCGUGAAUUGGAAGCAGCAGCACAAAUACUCCUAGCACCACCCAAUGUUAUUACACCUCAACAACGUCAAUCAGCUGAAGAAAUAUUUUUAAAUUUUCGUAAAUCAAAAGCACCAUAUCAACUAUGUCGUGAUAUACUAGAAACAAGUUCAGUUGACUAUGUUCUAUUUGAAUCAGCUGGUUUAAUAAAAUUAGCUCUUGUGAGAGAAUGGAAUUUGCUACCUAAAAAUGACAUUGCAUCCUUGAGACAAUAUUUAUUGCAUUAUAUUAUAAGUAAAACAACACUUGCACAAUUUGUUAAAAAACGUAUACUUCAAGUUAUUGCUAUAAUGGUUAAACGUGGUAGUAUUGAAGAUGUUGGUGAAGAACGUGCUGCAAUAAUAAACGAAGUUGAAAAUUUAAUAUUAAGUGGUGAUAUACAAAGACAGCUACUUGGUUGUAGUAUGAUAACAGCAUUAAUGCAAGAAUAUGCAACAACAGUUAAAUCAUCAGAUGUUGGUUUAACAUGGGAAGUACAUUUUAAAGCUAAAAAACAAUUUGAAGUUACUGAUUUAAAACGUAUAUUUAAAUUUAGUGUUACUGCAUUAUCUGAAUUGACUAAAAAUGAUAUAUCAGAUACAAAUUUAACACUUGUUAAAAAUUUAUUAUCAAUAACUGAGGGUGUUAUGGUAUGGGGUUUUAUAUAUGCUAAUUUACCAAAACGUUUAAUUGGUGUAUUUGAAGCUGUUUAUGAAUCAGAUAAUAGUCCAUCAUUACGUCUUGUACCAUUAUGGCGUGAUGUUAUACUUGAUCCAAUGAUAUUACAAGUAUUUUUUGAUAUUUAUUGGAAAGUUAGAUCAAAUCCACAAUUAGCACAUCAUGCUAGAAAUUGUCUUGUACAAUUAGCUAGUUUAAAUGGUACUGUAUUAUCAUCACCAUCAAUAAGUGUUACAUAUUUAACUAAUUAUUUACAGGGUUUUUUAAAACUUGUUACAAAUAUUAAUAUUAUUGAUCAAGAAGCCAUUGGUAUGGCAAAUAUUAUUAGAAAAUUAAUAACAUUUUUUGGUACUAAUUUAUCAUCAAUACCAAGUGAUUUAUUACAACUAUUUAUGGAACAAACAACAAGAUUAACAUGUAUAUUUGCUGAAGGUGCUGCACAAGAAGAAUCAAUAUGUGCUGAAGAUUGUUUAUACAUGGAAGCAUUUGAAAAAAUGUUAGAUACAUGGUCAUCAAUAUUAUCUGAAUCACAUUAUUUUCCAAUAGAAUAUUGUCAACAAGCAUCUGUACAAAUAUUUAAUAUAUAUGUUAAAUGUCAUUUAUCAUCACCUGAUGGUACACGUAUUACAAAUGACAAUAAUAUUAAUGAUGAAGUUGAUGAAACAGAAGAAGAUGAUAAAACAAAAUUUAAAGAACAACUACAAACAAUGGGUGUUAUUGGUAGACAAACACCAGCUCAUUCGUUAGCUGUGUUAUCACAUUUACUUGAAAAUAAAACAAAUAAAUUAAGACAAGAAUUAAGUAAAUAUGUUGGACAACAGCAGCAACAAAAGCUAUCAUCAUUAAAUGAUGAUAAUAUUAUUAAAGAAUUAUAUGAAGAUUUACAUUGGCUUGUGUUGUUAUCUGGUCAUGUAUUAUGUAUGGAAUCAGAUGGUGAAUAUGCAUUAAUACCAUCUGAAAUAAUGAAACACAGUAUGCAACAAAUACAACAAGGACAAGUUAAUGUUAAUACAACAUUACAAUUAUUAGCAUCACCUGGUAGUAAUAUUAAUGAUAUUAUUGGUGCUGAUGAAACAUCAGAUAAUGUUAUACGUUUAAUAUCAGCAAUAUUUCGUAUUUGUGAAAUUGAAAAAACAGCAAUAUUAUCAAAUAUAUCAGAUAAAUUAAGUCCAGAAUUAAGUGGUACAAUUGUAUGGUUUUUAUAUAAAUUUUCAUUGAGUUAUUUAUUACCAAUUGAGACAUAUUAUACUGAGUUAAGUACAACAUUUUUACAAGCAUUUGGUGAUGAUACACCUGGUGCAUUAUGGACAACAAAUUUUUUACUUGAAAAAGUUGAAUUAAAUAUAAAUACAUUUAGAGGUGAAGAAUCAUUAAUUAAAGAUACAAUACAGUUGUUAUUAUCACUUGUUGAAACACCAUCAAAAGCAUCACAUUUUUUAAAAUCCGAUAGAUUAUAUAAUAUUAUUGAAUUAUCAACAAAAUUUGAAUAUCAAUUUUGUCAAACAGCUAAAAGAGGUUUAAUACGUUCAGUUGUACAAGCUGGUACUGCAUUACAAAAUGACAAUAGAGCUGAACAAUAUUGGUCAAAUAUAUUACAACCAAUACAAAAUAGAUUUAAACAAAUAAUAACAAAUACAAAUUUUUCACGUUUAUAUCAUCAAGAAGAUAUUAGAAUACAAAUAACACAAAUUAUUGAAACACUUAUUGGUGUACCACAAGGUGUACAAGCAUCAACUGUUAAAUCAGUAUUUAAUUAUAUAUCACCAAUAUUAUCUGAGCUAUCAAAUAUACUUGGUUUAUAUCAUAAUUAUCAAGACAUAGUACAACUUGUAUUGGAAUUUUUUUGUGAAUGUACACGUAGAAUGUUGUGUUAUUUACCAGAAAAUGAAAGUAUUAUUGUUUAUCAAUCAUGUUUACAUACAAUACAAACAUAUUCACGUUGUAAUACAAAUAGACUUACAAUUGAUAUUACUAAAGAACAAGAUACAUUUCAAGAUAUAUUAUUAUUAAUGCAAUUAUUGACAAAUUUAUUGAGUAAAGAUAUUCUAGAUUUAAGUUUAACUGAAGCUGGUGCAUCUGAUCAACAACAACAGCAAUCACAACAACAGCCAAUAACACCAGCUGAUGUAUUUUUGUAUGGACUUAAUAUUGUCAUGCCAAUGAUGACUGUUGAGCUGCUUAAAUUUCCAGCACUUUGUCAUCAAUAUUUUAAAAUGAUAACAUUUGUUUGUGAAAUUUAUCCAAAAAAAGUAUGUGAUUUACCACCGGAAUUGCUGAGACAACUAAUGGCAUCUGUUGAACUUGGUUUGUUUUCAUUUGGACAUGAAAUAACAGUAUUUUGUUGUGAUAUUUUGUAUGUUGUUGCAAGACAUAUUUACUCUGAAACAGCUGAACCAAAAAAUCAAUUACUUGCACCAUUUAUGAAUUUGCUGAUGAAUCUUAUUCUUUCACAUCAAAUUAAUUCUGAAUUAGUGUCCAAUGCAAGUAUACCAUUGUACUAUUUAAUAUGCUGUUAUCAAUCGCAAUAUCAAGAACUUGUACGAAAUUUUUUGGCUGGACAACCAGAUCCAGAUAUUGCACAACGACUUGCAACAGCUUUUAAUGAUUUAACUGCUGAUGUUGAAUUAAAUGGUGGUCGUACACAUAAACUUAAAUUUCGCGAUAAUUUUGAUAAAUUUGUUGUUAGUGUUCAAGGCUUUAUGAUGGUUAAAUAGACUUGAAAUAAUAUUUUAAUUUUUAAAUCAACAAAAUAAGAAAGUAAUCAUUUUUUUCUUUUUUUUUAGUUUUUUUCUUUUUUCAUUAUGUGGUUUUCAUUAUUUUUCCUUUGUUUUUUUCUGUAUAAUUUUUAAUGAUAAAUAAUUUUGUUCAUUCAUCUAUUUGUUAAUAUAUAGAUAUAUUUUCUUUUUUUUUUUAGUUUAAAGAAAAAGUCAAAAAAUAUCAUCGUGUUAUUUUAAUUUUUAAUUUUAUCAAGUUGAUAAAUGGUUGAUAGUAAUUUUCAAUUUCGAUUUUUCAUUUGUACAUAAAUUCUCUAUUUUAUAAUUAAUUAUAAAAUAUUAUUAAUAAUAUAAGAUUAAAUAUUAUCUUACACUGAAUGAAAAAAGAAAAAAAAAAAAAUAUAAUUUUUAAUAAUUGAUUAUAAUAAAUUGACGUGUUUGUGGUUUUAUUUUUUGACAAAUAACAAAAGUUUAAAUAAAUUAUAAACAAAAUAAUGUAACUGAUAUUAUUUAUUGAAAAAUAAAAUCCGGCCAAAUUUAUUUGAAAGUUUCUUCCAUAAUAUAAAUAUUAACGUGUUUAUAGUUUUUCUUUUUUUAUUAAUAAAUUUGACACUGUGUAGAACAAAAUAAAAAAUAAUAAUAAAUGUAAUAAAUUAAAUGAUAUUUAAAUAAUAAAUAAUUGUCUACUUUAAA